AUGAGGAAGAAAAUGGAGGUCGAAGAACCUUGUAAAUAAUAAAGUUUCUUUAAUUGGCAACCUCUAGCAGCAAAAUGCAAAAAUCACCUUGUGAGGAGCUUGAAGAAAAUUUUUAUAAAUUAGCGAUCGGUGGCGAAUAUGUAGAUAAAUCAGCGAGUUUGCUGGGAUGCAUCUCUGCGUUGUACGUGAAUAUUGAGAAGAAUUGCCAGUUUUAUACCAGCACUAACGGCGAUAACGAGACCAUCGAGGAAACUAGUAUUGUAGUGAAAGUUAAUAAAGAUGAUGUAGUGAACGAUGGUGCAUCGUUCUUCGAUGGUGCAUCGUUCUUCGAUGCAAGAGAUGCAAAUAGUGAUCAGGGAUUUCUGAAAGUUACUGCUACAUAUGAACAAAUUGAUUGCUUGACAUAUCUUCAUAAGAAAGGUAUUAUCGAGCUUGUGGCCAACUUUCAUGAUCUCAUUAACCAACAAAAGCGUAAAAUAAUGGUAUUUCUAAAUGAAGUAGGAUUUACUGCAGUUCCCAUUCCCAGUGAAGAUCCAUCCAUGGGAAGGUCUUACAAAGCUAUGAAGAUUCUAAUGCAGUGGCUAUGCUGUCCACUGAUGCCUGAAGUGGAAUCUCAGCCAACUAAACAAUAUGAUGACAAGAUUGAAGCUAUUUUUAGUGCAUUAAAAAGCAAAACACAGUGCCCUUCACAAUUAACAACCUCAACUGAUGAUUGUAUCUUACAAUCCAAGCCUAAAGUUAUGAAUGAUGUUGAUCUUGAUAAACUUCAGCAUCCAUCAUUGGUCCCAAUGCUGAGGGAAUAUCAAAAGAGAGCUGUUAAUUGGAUGAUUCAACAGGAAACUAAAACUUCUCCUGGAGUAGAGACAGAAGUUCCUCAUCCACUUUGGAAAACAAUCAAUCUUGGUGGUGACAAACAAGCAUCUUAUAAUCCCCACACAGGAAGAAUAUGUAGAGAUCUGAUAUUCCAUCAAGGGUAUCCUUCAGGAGGAAUACUAGCUGAUGAAAUGGGACUUGGAAAGACUGUUGAGGUGCUUGCCUGUAUUUUGAAUAAUCCUAGUCCAUCAGAAACUAUAAAGAUAGAAUGUGAAGAAAUGUCAAAGUGUGACUGCCCCAGUUAUUCUCCUAGUAGUUCUGGUAGCAAUGAAAAAGAUGUAUUUGUGAAAUAUCCUGAUGAUGCCCAAGCUGAUAGCAAGCAGCAUUCUUUAAACCAAAGUAAAACUGGUGCAGCUGAUGAAGAGCAAAAACAGCCUUUCCAGUUGUCUCAGAAUAAAGAGAAUCAGCUUCCCAAAAUAAUUGAUGAUGCUGGAGUGAAUUCUAUGUCCUUGCAGUCAAAUCCACCAUCUGCCACUAUAAUAAAUAUUGAAAGCAGCAAUUCAUCUCAGUCAGUUGCAGGACAAUCUAAUAUACAGCUUGAAAUAGAUGAAAAACACCAGGUUGGCGAGUCAAUCAAACGCUGCCUGCCACUUGAUCCUCAGGAAAAUGCUGAGAGAUUUGGAAAGAAGGCAAGAACUGAAAUAUCCACAGUUAAAUUGUCUAAUUCAGUGAUUGUUAGUGCAACUGGAGACCAAGAAAAGAUAGAGGAGAUUAAAGAAGAAGAGAAGGCAGUAAGAUGUAUUUGUGGCAAAAAUAAAGCUGGUCCCCAGGAAGAAAUUCUGACUUGCAUAAACUGUAGCCUUUCCCAACACCCUAAGUGUGUUGGUUUAACAAAGGUGACUGAUGAGAACUAUGUUUGUCCCGAUUGCUCAGUAAAGAUGCCAUUACUGGAGUCUACCACAACUCUCAUUGUAUCUCCUGUUACAAUUGCACAUCAAUGGCUUGAUGAAAUCCACCGUCACAUAUUACCAGGUUCACUUAAUGUUAUGGUUUAUGAAGGUGUCGCCAAACAAGGUUUUGUAUACCCCACUGUACUGGCUGAAAAUGACAUCAUUUUAACAACGUAUGAAGUACUUAAAAGGGACUUCCAUCAUUUGCCUUCCAGAAAAGAUAACCACAACUACCGACGUCCGAAGAGAUAUCCAACAUGGCCGUGUCCACUCACCUGCAUUAAGUUUUGGAGGAUUUGUCUUGAUGAAGCCCAAAUGGUUGAAAACACUACAGCGAAGACCACAGAAACAGCUCUGAACCUUUCGACAGUGCACAGGUGGUGCAUAACCGGGACACCCAUUCAAAAAACUGUUGAUGAUCUUUUUGGUUUGUUCCUAUUCCUUGGCGUUGAACCCUACUACCGUAGAACGUGGUGGAAGAAAAUACUUUAUGAACCAUUUUUGAGAGGAAAUAUAAAACCUCUCAGUAAUGUUCUUCGUAACGUAAUGUGGAGAAGUGCUAAGAAGGAUGUUGUUAACGAGAUCAAUCUUCCAGAACAGAAAGAAUCGAUGAACUGGUUGCACUUCUCCCCUAUUGAAAAUCAUUUCUAUCGCCUUCAAUACGAGGAAUGUUCAACAUUUGCAUUUACGGAGUUAAAUAAAUUCCAAGAAUCUGACACUGAUCUGAAUAGCCUGGACAGAUACAGCGUGCAUAGGAUGCUGUGGCCUCUUUUGAAACUACGUCAGGCUUGCUGUCAUCCCCAGGCCGUACGCGGCGGUAAUUACCAUGCGGUGCAAAAGAAUGUGAUCACAAUGGACCAACUGCUUGAUAGUAUGAUAAACAAAGCUAAAAUUGAAACCCAAGACGCGCAUCGACAAUUACUAUGUGCAUUGAAUGGUCUUGCUGGGACAUACAUCUUACAAGAGAAAUGGCAGGAUUCGAUUGACGUUUACAGAGAAGCAAUAACAUCGUGGAAGGAGCAUGAAGAAUUGUUCAAAACGGACUCCCUUCAGAAACUUCAUACAUUACACAACCUUAACGAAAUGUUAAGGAAGGUCGAGAGCAAGACGAAAACUUUGAGAGAUGAUUUUCUUGAACAAGAGGCAUCUGAAAUAAGAGAUAAAUAUUUACAAAGAUGGAAAACUCAACUUGUGAACGCAGAGAAAGACGCCUCCAAUGCACAGGAGAUUCAUAAUGAAUUAAAACAAAAGGUUGACUUUAAGUGUCCGUGGUGGAUGACGUUCUUGCAGAACACGAUAGCAAACCAGUUCGAUUCCGAACGUCUUGUGGAGAAAGUAAAGGCAGAUUUAACCGCUGUCAGUAACGUACAUGAAUUAAAUAUGGCGGAUAGCUUUUCAGAUCUUCGUGGCUUGCAGUUUCUUCUUGUGCAAAAAUUUGAAGCGAUUGAGGAUUGUCAGAAUAACUUGUUUAAUGAAUUGAAGUCGUUAAUGGUGGAACCGACUAAAGAGAUGGUUGCAUCUGCAGCUGAAUGUUGUUUACGUCCACUGACAAACAGCACAGCAGAAAGGUGCUGUUUUUGCCAAGUAAAUGAUGUGAUGUCAUCAUACGAAUCUUUAAUAUUUGGUCAUCAAGGUAUAAAUACUGAUGAUGCGGAAAGUAUUGGUGGUUUACGUGCAGAGACUGCUGCAGUUAGGAUAUUAAAAUCAAUAUAUGCUUUUUUGAAAGCCGAGAGUAAACGUCACUACAAGUACUACAUCGAAUUGCAGCGGCAAGCUCAGUGUCAUCUUGAGUAUUUAGAGCAGGUCAAAAAGAACUUUAAAGUGUAUCGUCAACUCUGGCAUGCAUUGCGUCAACGUGUAUUGGCUUUGGAUGAACUUGCAAUGUGCACAAUGAGGUUGCGUUUAAGAUAUCCUGGUGAAGCUGUCCAAGACGAUCAGUUCUACAUCAUUGACCAAACACAGAUUAAAAUCGCUGAAACAGGAUUUCGUUCUGACAAAACUCUUGCUAAUUCCAGUUUAAGAAAGUGUAUGGGCCAGUUGCUGUACUUGAAAAACCUAGCGAAAACCCAAAGUACAGACGGUGGUGAAAACUCUGAACUCUGUCCCGUAUGUACCAAGAUACUUGGCUAUCAGUGGAGUGUUUUCUCAUGUGGCCACUGUCUUUGUUGCACAUGUAUGUGGGUAUUACUGGAACGUCCAGGACUUUCGGGUGGCAGAGCCGGUUCCCAUGUAAAAUGUCCUAUGUGUCGAACAAAUACCAUGGUUCAAGAUAUCUCGUAUGUUACUACCAUCAGGCAACUUACGGAAGAAGAUAAAGACCUUAUAGUCAAGGGAAGUCAUUCUACUAAGAUCGAAGCCGCUGUACGAACGCUGAUGAAGAUACAGAAGAGAGAUCCAAAGGCUAAAACACUGGUCUUUUCUACGUGGCAAGAUGUUCUUGAUGUUAUUGCGCGUGCACUUUCGGAGAAUAAAAUGAAGUUCAGAAGUAUCAAGAAGAGCAAGGAUUACGAGUUAGGUCUGGAAGAAUUCAAGACUUCGGACGAUAUUUCUGUUCUUUUAAUCCCACUGCAAUCGGGUUCAAAUGGUUUAAACAUCAUCGAAGCAACUCAUGUCAUUCUUGUCGAACCAUCUCUGAAUCCUUCGUUAGAAAGACAGGCUGUUGGACGGAUACACAGGAUUGGACAAACAAAACCAACAUUUGUUCAUCGUCUGUUAAUCGCUAAUACUGUGGAAGAAAAUAUUACGAGGUUCUUGCAAGACAAAGCUGAUACUGGUCUAAAGUGUGGUACACGAAAAACAGAUGGAGAGAACAUACCGCUGACAAUUGGAGAACUUGCCUUGUUUUUUCAACCUGCUGAAUCUCAGAUACAGAUCUAACCUCCUGAGGUGAGCUUUCACUGUGACGAUGUCCGUUUAAGCUCGGGUGAUUGAAGUCUGGUUAUAUGUUAUGUUGGCGGCCAUUGGCUUGCUUCUUUUGUUAAUUUGCCCUGCAUUCACAUCAAUCUGCUAUACAGAAUUGUUUAUUUUAUAUGAUCAAUAAUAUAUAUUAAAUUUUAUAUAUUAUAUAGUAUAUAUAUAUACAUCUAUCUUUAUAAAGGAAUUGUUAAAGUUACAAUAUAUGAUAUAGGUUUUACGAAUUAUAUUAGCUAAGUUGUUUUAAUUUUGUUAUGUUUACGGAGGUGUAUUAUUAUUAAUCACUGUUAGGUCAUGCACAUAAGGUAGCGUUUAUGUACAUAUACACAUGUACGUAUACAGUAUUACAUACUGUAAUAUGAAAUUAAAUUCUGCGGUGUGAUAUAAAUUGUUAUGCAAAUUGCAUGAACGUACAGUUUUUGGGCAAUGAACUUCCCAUAAAGUAUGAACAUUAUUUUAAUAACAGGUACAUCUACAGAAAUCCUGCGUGAUUAAAUCUUUUUUAUCCUCGAA